GAAAAUGAUCCCGCGUACAAUAGAAAGGAUCCUCUUUUGUAAGUCGUUUUAGAACAGUGAUCAUUUUACGAUUCUCUGAUGGAAAGAUGCAAUGAGGAUGAGAAGCUGAAUGCCCCGUCAGAUUUUGUGGCAUCAAGUGUCGCAAGUAAGUCGUGAUCCUAGAAAGCUAGCUAGCUAAGUUAGUUGGCUAGCUACCCUGAAGCUAACGCCAGCUGCACCUAACGUUACCUAGCACAUAAGUAGCAUUGCUAACUAACUACUUAGUGUUAUAACUUUCUAACUAAGUUAGACAGCAGCAUAAGUUGUAUCUUGUGAAUUAUUGCGCCAAACGUACCUGUAGUCAUGUGUGCGCCGAAGAUGUCCUCUGGAUGCCAUUAGGACCGUAGAAAUAGAAUGAAUAAAACGGACUUGGAACCUCUAACCCUGGCAAUUUGACUGGUAAACUCAUGAGUAUACUCGAAAUGGCUGCCUGGUAUUGUGAGGCAAUCAUUUCCAUGGUAAUGUAGAAUGUUCAUUCAAAUGAUGUUAACUGAUGUGGGGGAUGUCCAUUCUAUUAAUUACAUUUCUAUAUUUGGGACAGCAUCAGCGCAUGUGCAACUACCUUAACCUCAGGUGUACUGUCACGUGCUUGUUGCAAGUAAAUUCUCAUGUAUUGAAUACUGCAUAUUCUUUUUCAGAGGGAAGUCAGAGGACCCUGAUGCCCCCUUCCCAUUUCACGGCAAGCACCCAGUCUGCCUCCAUCACAGUACCAGGGACUGCAACGGGACGAGGGACAACACCAAUAACAUGGGUCACCCAUGCCACAACACCACCAUCGGACUCUGGCCCUGCCAACCCAUGGCUCACCGUGGCUCAGGCCAAACAGGAAAUUCUAGAACUGCACAGAGAAAACCAGAGGAUUCUGAUGUUACAGGGAGACUGUCCCAGAGGAAGGAACUCAACAGAGGAUUCUGCCCACUCCACAGCAAGGUCAGGUGCUGCCCUAUACGCCUUGCCUAUGAAAUCCACUUCAUUUACUUCUCACCAAUGUCUAUUAACAUAACACCUGACCUGCGCCUCCCACCCCCCACACACAGGUCUGGAGCAAGAGGUGAGCAGGCCUCCAGGUGGGAGACAGAAUGGAGCCUGGACACGGAGCGUUUCAGGUUAGAGUCAGAGAGGCUGAGAGGCCAGGUAGAGGCACUGAAGGAGAUUGCAGGGAGACAGAGAGAGGAGAUGAGGGACAAAGAAACUUCUCUGAACAGGUAUUGUACUGUGGUGUAUAGACACUGACUUAUCAUUAUGGCAUAUUAGUAGCCUAGAUCUUACAUUCAUCAUUCAAUAAUUCACAUUUUUACUGACAUGUGUAUCCUGCUUCUAUUCAAAGUAGACCUACUUAAAAAUAAACGUUACUGGUGAUAUUCCCACCCUCCUCCUUACAUCCUGUAUUGCAGGCAGAGUCAUGAAAUGGAGGCGAUGCGUGAGGAGUUUUAUAAGACUAAGACUGAGCUCAGCCAAGUCAGUGUGGAGCUGGUCCAAAAGAGAGAGGAAAAAGAGAGACUCAGCACCCAGGUAACAGUUAUUCACAAGAACUCUACGUUUUUGUAGGUUGUCAUUCCAGCUCACCUCUGUUUUAUGUGUGGUAGUAACUGGGGGAAAGUUCAGUUAUUUGCAUCUAGCUUGCAGCAGCUGUGGAGUUUUUCCUAUAAUCAGUAACAAUGGCAUGAUUGCAAAACUAUACAGUGCAUUCGGAAAGUAUUCAGACCCCUUUACUUUUUCCACAUUUUGUUACUUUACAGCCUUAUUCUAAAAUUGAUUAAAUCGUUUUUUCCUCAUCAAUCUACACACAAUACCCCAUAAUGACAAAAAAAAUACUGGUUUUUGUUCGCAAAUGUAUAUAAAAUAAAAAAUUGAAAUAUAACAUUUACAUAAGUAUUCAGACCCUUUACUCAGUACUUUGUUGAAGCACGUUUGGCAGCGAUUACAGCCUCGAGUCUUCUUGGGUAUGAUGCUACAAGCUUGGCACACCUGUAUUUGGGGAGUUUCUCCCAUUCUUCUCUCCAGAUCCUCUCAUGCUCUGUCAGGUUGGAUGAGGAGCGUCGCUGCACAGCUAUUUUCAGGUCUCUCCAGAGAUGUUUGAUCGGAUUCAAGUCCAGGAACUGGCUGGGCCACUCAAGGACAUUCAGAGACUUGUCCCGAAGCCACUCCUGCAUUGUCUUGGUUGUGUGCUCAGGGUCAUUGUCCUGUUGGAAGGUGAACCUUCGCCCCAGUCUGAGGUCCUGAGCGCCCUAGAGCAGGUUUUCAUCAAGGAUCUCUCUGUACUUUGCUCUGUUCAUCUUUCCCACAAUCCUCACUAGUCUCCCAGUCCCUGCCGCUGAAAAACAUCACCAAAGCAUGAUGCUGCCACCACCAUGCUUCACCGUAGGGAUGGUGCCUGGUUUCCUCCAGAUGUAACGCUUGGCAUUCAGGCCAAAGAGUUCAAUCUUGGUUUCAUCAGACCAGAGAUUCUUGAUUCUCAUGGUCUGAGAGUCCUCUAGGUGCCUUUUGGCAAACUCCAAGAGGGCUGUCAUGUGCCUUUUACUGAGGAGUGGCUUCCGUCUGGCCGCUCUACCAUAAAAGCCUGAUUGGUGGAGUGCUGCAGAGAUGGUUGUCCUUCUGGAAGGUUCUCCCAUCUCCACAGAGGAGCUCUGUCAGUGACCAUCGGGUUCGCUGACCAAGGCCCUUGUCCCCCAAUUGCUCAGUUUUUCAUUUAUUUUUUAUUUAUUUCACCUUUAUUUAACCAGGUAAGCCAGUUGAGAACAAGUUCUCAUUUACAACGGCGACCUGGCCAAGAUAAAGCAAAGCAGUGCGAUUAAAAACAACAACAACACAGAGUUACUUAUAGAAUAAACAAAACGUACAGUCAAUAACACCAUAGAAAAUCUAUAUACAGUGUGUGCAAAUGUAGUAAGUUAUGGAGGUAAGGCAAUAAAUAGGCCAUAGUGCAAAAUAAUUAAAAUUGAGUAUUAACACUGGAGUGAUAGAUGUGCAGAAGAUGAUGUGCAGAAGAUGAUGUGGUCCUCUGUAGCUCAAUUGGUAGAGCAUGGCGCUUGUAAUGCCAGGGUAGUGGGUUCGAUCCCCGGGACCACCCAUACGUAAAAAUGUAUGCGCACAUGACUGUAUGUCGCUUUGGAUAAAAGCGUCUGCUAAAUGGCAUAUUAUUAUUAUUAUUAUUAUUAUAUUAUAAAUAGAGAUACUGGGGUGCAAAUGAGCAAAAUAAAUAACAAUAUGGGGAUGAGGUAGUUGGAUGGGCUGUGUACAGGUGCAGUGAUCGGUAAGCUGCUCUGACAACUGAUGCUUAAAGUUAGGGAGGGAGAUAAGAGUCUCCAGCUUCAGAGAUUUUUGCAGUUCGUUCCAGUCAUUUGCAGCAGAGAACUGGAAGGAAUGGCGGCCAAAGGAGGUGUUGGCUUUGGGGAUGACCAGUGAGAUAUACCUGCUGGAACGCAUACUAUAGAGAGUACAUAGAGUUUGGCCGGGUGGCCAGCUUUAGUAAGAGUCUUGGUGGUUCCAAACUUCUUUCGUUUAAGAAUUAUGGAGGCCACUGUAUUCUUGGGGACCGUCAAUGCUGCAGAAAUGUUUUGGUACCCUUCCCCAGAUCUGUGCCUCGACACAAUCCUGUCUCGGAGCUCUACGGACAAUUCCUUCGACAUGGCUUGGUUUUUGCUCUGACAUGCACUGUCAACUGUGGGACCUUAUAUAGACAGGUGUGUGCCUUUCCAAAUCAUGUCCAAUCAAUUGAAUUUACCACAGGUGGACUCCAAUCAAGUUGUAGAAACAUCUCAAGCAUUAACAAUGGAAACAGGAUGCACCUGAGCUCAAUUUCGAUUCUCAUAGCAAAGGGUCUGAAUACUUAUGUAAAUAAGGUAUUUCUGUUUUUUUAAUUUUUAAUACAUUUGCAAAAACCUGUUUUCGCUUUGUCAUUAUGGGGUAUUGUGUGUAGAAUAAGGCUGUAAUGUAACAAAAUGUGGAAAAAGGGAAGGGUCUGAAUACUUUCCAAAUGCACAUACUUUCCGAAUGCACAUAUUGAUGGUCCAAGAAAUGGUAUAGAAGCUAAGUCAGCUAUGCUUGUAGCCCUCAAGGACUGUAAUUUUGAAUCACUGCUUCAAAACAGCUAUUGGUUCAAAUAAAUUCCCUGCUCCCAGGCUUCCACUCAAACCUCUUCUUUAUUAACUUCAUUGACCUUGUAUUGGACAAUGCCUGCUCUCUGUGGUGUGCAGCUGGAGAUGCUGGAGAGGAAGUCUGGGGAGGAGGCUGAAAGGCUGAGGAGGGAGGUGGAGAGGAGCAGACAGGAAACCCACAGGCUGACCAGGGAGGGUGAUACAGCCAGGCUGCAGGCUGAGGAGGAGGCCAAGCAGGAGGUGCAGAAACUAAAGAAGCUACUGGAGGAAUCCCACAGGAGACAUGAAACACAGGUAAGAGGAUUUUGUCAGAUUGUUUGAAUUUCUUUUGGAACAAUUUAACAAACAUGUCACACAUCAAUAAGACCUUUUUUAACGAUGUGUAUGUUUUGUGGAUCUCUUUAUUUGUUCCGUCUAGUUGCAGCAGUUGACUGCCACCCAUGACACUGAACUGUCCACAGUGAGACAGACAAGCUCUGAGGUGCAGGAGAGGUUAUGUCAACUGUCACAGGAGGUGACUCAUCUGAAGUGCUGUCUACUGGAGGUGUCUGCAGAGAGAGAUGGACUGAAAGAACAACUAAGGUAGGUGUCAUAUUUGAUCCCAAAGCUUCGUAAAUGUACUGCUUUGUUCAAUGGAUGAAUAGAUGGAUAGUACAUACUGUAUCUCAUUAUUGGGUUCUUAUUUUUUCAGCCAAAUGGCCAACGCUUUUGAGACCCAGUCAGCAACGUUGCAGAGUCUUAGAAACUACAUUGGACAACUUACCCCUGAGAGAGGGUUGGAAGAGAAACUAACUGAAACCAUUCAGGUGGGGAGAUUCAUUGACAACAUUGAUUUAGAUCAAGUUACUUGUGUGCUCUAAGGAAACACGCAAGGAAAAAGACAGUUGGUGCUUAACCAAGCAGAGAAAUUGAUUGUUCCACCAGCAAAGUCUUCCCUGUAGAACAAGGUGUAUCUUGGCUCAUUUAAUCUCAAUGUAUGGUAUGAGCAUAUUUUCAUAUUACUAUGUAAUAAGGAGUCAAUAUUCUAAUCUGAAUUCCUCCUAUAGACACUGAAUAGGGAGAAGGAGGCUCUGCAGGUGACAACAGAGCUUCUGACGGUCAGACUCAACUCUGUGAACGACAUAUUGGCCCUACAAGAGGAGGAGAUGGUUGAGAAGGUGUUUGAUCAAUCCAUUUCAAUCCAUGCUUGUGUGUGCUGAUGAAAAUUCCUCUUAUUUUUGUCAGAUAUUUGAUACAUAUCCAUUCCCCCAUGUGUGGGUGACUAUAUCUGAGAGGUAUGUGGGUUAAGUAAAGGCUUUGUCACGUCCACAGACUCUGUCAGACCCUCUCCUGAAGGCUGGGCCCAAAGGCACUCGGGUUCUGCGUCACUGGAGAGAGAAGGUCUUCAUGUUGUUGGUCCAGCUUCGCUCAAAGGAUAUCGAACUGAGGGGAGAAAAGGAUAAACUUCACUCAACCGUAUGUGAUUUAGGAGGCUUAUGACUUAAAAAAUUAAAACUCUUCAAACUCCAACCACUGUAAAAUAAUGUUCAGUGUAUGCAUAGGUGAAUUGUGAUUGGUGAUAAGGGACAUUUUCAAAUGUGCAGAAACAUCCAUGAGUCUAUUGUGUGUCCUGUUGCUUCAGAUCUCGUCUCUGGAGCAGGAGGUGAAGAAGGAGAAGUACCAGUCCAGUGUGUUCCAGCACAGCCUGCAGGACAGAACAGCUGAGCUGGAUCUGGAGAGGGUGGCCAGGGAGGUGAGGAGGAGCAGGGGCACAGCCACUGUGGGAGUGUCUCAAUGCAUCUCUUCAUAGGAUGGCUUUCCUCCAUUUUGUUGAAGCAUGAUGCAUCUGCUGUUGCCAGGGGGAGGUGCCAAUUACCUCUGUGGUGUUAGCACAGCAGAGGGCGCUACUUCUCAUGAAAAACCUAUUACGCACCACCCAUCGGUAUUAAGAGAAUACACAAAAUGCUUCCUUAAAAUAUGUGUAACAUUAAAUACUCUCAAACAAUUCUCAAAAGACACAAUUGGACCCUUUUACAUUUAACUGUAUACAGUGGGGAGAACAAGUAUUUGAUACACUGCCGAUUUUGCAGGUUUUCCUACUUACAAAGCAUGUAGAGGUCUGUAAUUUUUAUCAUAGGUACACUUCAACUGUGAGAGACGGAAUCUAAAACAAAAAUCCAGAAAAUCACAUUGUAUGAUUUUUAAGUAAUUUUCAUUUUAUUGCAUGACAUAAGUAUUUGAUCACCUACCAACCAGUAAGAAUUCCGGCUCUCACAGACCUGUUAGUUUUUCUUUAAGAAGCCCUCCUAUUCUCCACUCAUUACCUGUAUUAACUGCACCUGUUUGAACUCGUUACCUGUAUAAAAGACACCUGUCCACACACUCAAUCAAACAGACUCCAACCUCUCCACAAUGGCCAAGACCAGAGAGCUGUGGAAGGACAUCAGGGAUAAAAUUGUAGACCUGCACAAGGCUGGGAUGGGCUACAGGACAAUAGGCAAGCAGCUUGGUGAGAAGGCAACAACUGUUGGUGCAAUUAUUAGAAAAUGGAAGAAGUUCAAGAUGACGGUCAAUCACCCUCGGUCUGGGGCUCCAUGCAAGAUCUCACCUCGUGGGGCAUCAAUGAUCAUGAGGAAGGUGAGGGAUCAGCCCAGAACUACACGGCAGGACCUGGUCAAUGACCUGAAGAGAGCUGGGACCACAGUCUCAAAGAAAACCAUUAGUAACACACUACGCUGUCAUGGAUUAAAAUCCUUUUUUUUUUUUUUUUUUUUACCUUUAUUUAACCAGGUAAGCCAGUUGAGAACAAGUUCUCAUUUACAACUGCGACCUGGCCAAGAUAAAGCAAAGCAGUGCGAUAAAAACAAAAACACAGAGUUACAUAUGGGGUAAAAAAAACAAAGUCAAAAAAAUAUAUAUAUAUAUCCAACAGAAAAUAUAUAUACAGUGUGUGCAAAUGUAGCAAGUUAUGGAGGUAAGGCAAUAAAUAGGCUAUAGUGCAAAAUAAUUACAAUUAGUAUUAACACUGGAAUGCUAGAUGUGCAAGAGAUUAUGUGCAAAUAGAGAUACUGGGGUGCAAAAUAAAUAACAAUAUAGGGAUGAGGUAGUUGGGUGGGCUAAUUUCAGAUGGGCUGUGUACAGGUGCAGUGAUCGUAAGGUGCUCUGACAACUGAUGCUUAAAGUUAGUGAGGGAGAUAAGAGUCUCCAGCUUCAGAGAUUUUUGCAAUUCGUUCCAGUCAUUGGCAGCAGAGAACUAGAAGGAAUGGCGGCCAAAGGAGGUGUUGGCUUUGGGUAUGACCAGUGAGAUAUACCUGCUGGAGCGCAGACUACGGGUGGGUGCUGCUAUGGUGACCAAUGAACUAAGAUAAGGCGGGGAUUUGCCUAGCAGUGAUUUAUAGAUGGCCUGGAGCCAGUGGGUUUGACGACAAACAUGUAGUGAGGACCAGCCAACAAGAGCGUACAGGUCACAGUGGUGGGUAGUGUAUGGGGCUUUGGAGACAAAACGGAUGGCACUGUGAUAGACUACAUCCAAUUUUCUGAGUAGAGUGUUGGAGGCUAUUUUGUAAAUGACAUCGCCGAAGUCAAGGAUCGGUAGGAUAGUCAGUUUUACGAGGGCAUGUUUGGCAGCAUGAGUGAAGGAGGCUUUGUUGCGAAAUAGGAAGCUGAUUCUAGAUUUAACUUUGGAUUGAAGAUUCUUAAUGUGAGUCUGGAAGGAGAGUUUACAGUCUAACCAGACACCUAGGUAUUUGUAGUUGUCCACAUACUCUAGGUCAGACCCGUCGAGAGUAGUGAUUCUAGUCGGGUGGGCGGGUGCCAGCAGCGUUCGAUUGAAAAGCAUGCAUUUAGUUUUACUAGUGUUUAAGAGCAGUUGAAGGCUACUGAAGGAGUGUUGUAUGGCAUUGAAGCUCGUUUGGAGGUUUGUUAACACAGUGUCCAAUGAAGGGCCAGAUGUAUACAAAAUGGUGUCGUCUGCGUAGAGGUGGAUCUGAGAGUCACCAGCAGCAAGAGCGACAUCAUUUAUAUACACUGAGAAUAGAGUCGGCCCAAGAAUUGAACCCUGUGGCACCCCCAUAGAGACUGCCAUAGGUCCAGACAACAGGCCCUCCGAUUUGACACAUUGAACUCUAUCUGAGAAGUAGUUGGUGAACCAGGCAAGGCAGUCAUUUGAGAAACCAAGGCUAUUUAGUCUGCCAAUAAGAAUGCGGUGGUUGACAGAGUCGAAAGCCUUGGCCAGGUCGACGAAGACGGCUGCACAGUACUGUCUAUUAUCGAUCGCGGUUAUAAUAUCGUUUAGGACCUUGAGCGUGGCUGAAGUGCACCCAUGACCAGCUCGGAAACCGGAUUGCAUAGCGGAGAAGGUACGGUGGGAUUCGAAAUGGUCGGUGAUCUGUUUGUUAACUUGGCUUUCAAAUACUUUCGAAAGGCAGGGCAGGAUGGAUAUAGGUCUGUAACAGUUUGGAUCUAGAGUGUCACCCCCUUUGAAGAGGGGGAUGACCGCGGCAGCUUUCCAAUCUCUGGGGAUCUCAGACGUUACAAAAGAGAGGUUGAACAGGCUAGUAAUAGGGGUUGCGACAAUUUCGGCGGCUAGUUUUAGAAAGAAAUGGUCCAGAUUGUCUAGCCCAUCUGAUUUGUAGGGGUCCAGAUUCUGCAGCUCUUUCAGAACAUCAGCUGUCUGAAUUUGUGUGAAGGAGAAGUGGGGGGGCAUGGCCAAGUUGCAGCGGAGGGUGCAGAGUUGGUGGCCGGGGUAGUGGUAGCCAGGUGGAAAGCAUGGCCAGCCGUAGCAAAAUGCUUGUUGAAAUUCUCGAUUAUUGUAGAUUUAUCGGUGGUGAUAGUGUUUCCUAGCCUCAGUGCAGUGGGCAAUGACCUGAAGAGAGCUGGGACCACAGUCUCAAAGAAAACCAUUAGUAACACACUACGCCGUCAUGGAUUAAAAUCCUGCAGCACACGCAAGGUCCCCCUGCUCAAGUCAGCGCAUGUCCAGGCCCAUCUGAAGUUUGCCAAUGACCAUCUGCAUGAUCCAGAGGAGGAAUGGGAGAAGGUCAUGUGGUCUGAUGAGCCAAAAAUAGAGCUUUUUGGUCUAAACUCCACUCGCCGUGUUUGGAGGAAGAAGAAGGAUGAGUACAACCCCAAGAACACCAUCCCAACUGUGAAGCAUGGAGGUGGAAACAUCAUUCUUUGGGGAUGCUUUUCUGCAAAGGGGACAGGACGACUGCACCGUAUUGAGGGGAGGAUGGAUGGGGCCAUGUAUCGUGAGAUCUUGGCCAACAACCUCCUUCCCUCAGUAAGAGCAUUGAAGAUGAGUCGUGGCUGGGUCUUCCAGCAUGACAACGACCCGAAACACACAGCCAGGGCAACUAAGGAGUGGCUCUGUAAGAAGCAUCUCAAGGUCCUGGAGUGGCCUAGGCAGUCUCCAGACCUGAACCCAAUAGAACAUUUUUGGAGGGAGCUGAAAGUCCGUAUUGCCCAGCGACAGCCCCGAAACCUGAAGAAUCUGGAGAAGGUCUGUAUGGAGGAGUGGGCCAAAAUCCCUGCUGCAGUGUGUGCAAACCUGGUCAAGACCUACAGGAAACGUAUGAUCUCUGUAAUUGCAAACAAAGGUUUCUGUACCAAAUAUUAAGUUCUGCUUUUCUGAUGUAUCAAAUACUUAUGACAUGCAAUAAAAUGCAAAUGAAUUACUUAAAAAUCAUACAUCAUGUGGUUUUCUGGAUUUUUGUUUUAGAUUCCGUCUCUCACUGUUGAAGUGUACCUAUGAUAAAAAUUACAGACCUCUACAUGCUUUGUAAGUAGGAAAACCUGCAAAAUCGGCUGUGUAUCAAAUACUUGUUCUCCCCACUGUAUAUAAUCAAAAGGUCACUAUGACCUCAACAGAGAGGAGACCCUAGUAGUUGUCUUGUGGCGGGUCGGUUUUUAUGUUUGUCUGGUCCUGCUAGGCUGUGGAGCAGGACGUGUCUAGGACUCGGAGGGAGAACAGAGAGCUGAAGAGCUGGAGUCAGGAGGCUGGGGCUGGACUGAGGACCAUGACAGAUGAUGUCCAGCGGUAAAGAGCUGACAGAUCGACAGGUCCACUUGACAACCACUAUACAAGUCAAGCUUCGCCUGAGAUAUUUCAGUUGUACUAACUGUCAUUUUGUACAUUAGGCACCUAAUGUUUUCCAGACUCUUUCCCAGCUUUCACAGUCCAUAUCACUCAUACCAUCUGUUAUAGAAUGUCCAAUGAAACUGGGUGAAUUUGUGUAAUACUCGAUCCUACAAUCCUCAUUUGAUGUCAGAUCUUUUGUUAAAGUACCAGUUCUUCUUUCUACAGAUUCAGUAAGGCAUUUGAGGCUAAGAUGUCAGAGGUGGAGACCGUCCAAAUACGUCUGAACAGCUUUGGCCAGAGGCUGACCUUUGCCAAAAGAAGAGUGGACACAAUUCAAGGUCUGUCUAUAGAUCUGAAAUGAUUUCUCCCCGCUUAACUACAGGAAAUCUUACAACAGUGAGUUUAAAUUGCAUGUGCCCCUGGAUAAUUCUGUGCACUGUUUUAUUCUGGUUCAGUUUGACCACAUAUUCACUGUACUGUUGUCUCGCAGGUCUAAUGAUGAGGAUGGAGGCCCUACGGAGAGUGCAGCAGGCCACUAAAGCAGCCAACCCUGUCUCUGAGCGGUAUGGUAACUGACCACCCUGGCCCUGGGUCUCCCUGAACUCCAGCUGGCAAUGGCCAGUUAUUAAUGAGGAAAAGGCCUUGACUUGUAGACUAUUGCCUCUGUCCUCACCACUACAUCUCCCAUUGCCUCACUAGUUGUGCUGUCCUCUCUCUCUAUUCGCAGUGCCGCUGUCACAGAGCUCCAGGCAGAGCUGGCCUCGGCGUGUGAGGAGAGAGACAAGCUCAGGCAGGAGCUCAAGAGAACCCCCGAGCUUAUUGAGAGUGCCCUGGCUGAUGUCCGUGAGCAGUGUACGCUGUUUAGUCAUCUGUUCAGAGAGAUUCAGACUUGCAUGAAUUCCUUGUACCCUGUAACUGUACCUACAGUAGAUUUGCAUGCACCUUGUCUUUGUAAAUGCUGACUAUGUGGUAGUAGCAAUACUCAGAAUACAGUACACCAGGGGUGUCAAACAUACGGCCCGUUAGGGGGUCCAAUCUGGCCGCGGAUGGUUUGAAUCCGGCCCGCGGGGGGAACGAAGUCAAUAUACUUUUUUAAAUAACCAAAACCAAAUCGGAACUGUGUAGUAAUGAUAAUGGACCUACAUUCAUACAGUUUAUUGACUGUGUCCAGCUCGCUAAUAAUCACUGUAAUGAAAGCUAGAGAGUCAGGGAGCAUAGAAAAUUCCCCGAAUUAUGGAUAGAGGACUAUAUUUGGAUAUUUUGACGGCGAGGAAAUAUAACCAAUUUUCAUUGCGGCCCUUUGGACCUCGUUGAAGACUGAAUGCGGCCUCCUGGGCAAAUUAGUUUGACACCCCUGCAGUACACCAUCUGUGUUCCCCCUCCUCUCCAGUCGACAGUGAGGUGAGGCAGCUGAGGCAGGCUGCAGAGCGAAGCAGGGGAGAGGCCCAGGAGGCCCAGGCAGCCAGAGAGGAGGCCCAGCAGAGGCUGCAGGAGGCCCACACACAGCUAGAGGAGAGCAACUUCAACCUGGAGCAGCUCCAUGAACAGCUGAUCAGCCAACAGGAGGCCAGUGACAGAGGUUAGGGAGGGGUCAGGGUGGACUUAAGUGUACAAUGCCAGCAUUGCUAGGGCUGGAUCCCAUUGUAAUUAAGUCAAUUCAGUUUACAGUAUGAAUUUAAAAUAUCUUAUGUUCUGCAAGGAUUUUUCGAUCUAUUCAUCAAAUUUCAAUUUCUCUUAAAAUCGAUGUGACCGAAUUGUUGACAUGUCACAGAAUGUUCUGUACCUGUAUCUCUCCUUACACCCUCUGUGUUUGACUGUGUCCCAUCAGCCCUGCAGGAGAGAGUGUCUGAGACAGAGGAUCACUGUGCUCAGCAGCUUAGAGUGAUGGAAUCUCAACUCAACAUGGCCAGAAGAGAACACACCAAAGCAGGUAGCAUACACAUGACUCAUUCAACACGUCUUCACAUAAUGUACGUCUCAACAUAAACAUGUGAAAGGGUCAUGUAGAGUUGAGAGGGAUUCAUAUAUGCAUCUACAGAAAUUUACUGUAGUGUAAAUAUAUAGCUAGGACUGCUGUACAGAUUGGAUCUUUAGGCCUCUUGUCUGUCUGUUAUAGUGGUGGCCCUGCGUCAGUUUGAGAGACAGGCAGAGAGAGAGCGGGAGCAGGAGAGAGAAGCACAACGCCUUCAGAGUGAACACACCAAGAGAGAAAUCCAGGAUCUACAGAAACUACUGCAAGAAAAGGACAAGGACAGAAACCUACUUUUGGUGAGUUCAUAGUUUUUUUCCACGUCUUGGUUUAUUGUAAGUUAGCCACGGACUUCAGGCUUCACUCACAUACUGUACGUUCCGAAAGCCUGGUGAACUUGUCAGCAGAAAGACGCUAAAAAGGGGUUAGUGUUAGUCUAGAUGGAAACUAGUAUUUCGCAUGGUUGGAGCUCUGAACAGAGGUGGUGUUUCUGAAAAUUUUUCUGACUUCCAACAAGCAAGCUAACAUAAGAUACAAAAAACAACGCUACAUAGGCUACUUAAUCUUUGUCCGAUAUGGUUGAAAAAAAUGAAAAUGACAAACAAAGAAAAGCCUCUCCUGACGGGGAACGUCAUUUCUUCUCAGAGCCAAUCAAAUGUGAGCGUUGAAUGCCAGUGCUUCCAUUCAAACGCAAAAUCCUGUACUGAAGUUCAAGAGUCAACAAGACGAGAUUUGGAAGGAUGGCCCCCGCCAGACUUAUUGUUUACCAUGUUAAGAAAUGUUAUGUUAUUUUUUUUGUCAAACUGACAGCUGUCAAGACACUUUCUUACACAUAUCCUUUUUCAGUAUUUGUAUAAUUUGUGUCCCACAGGCGACUGUACGUGAGAGGGGUCUGAUGAGUGAGUAUAAGGCAGCUCGGACCACAGCCCUUCAGACUUCUGUGGCCUUGGAGGAGCAGCAGAGACCCUUAAGGAAGAGCAACACUCUGAGAGCCAAAGACAAGCCACAGACCAGAGGUAACUUCCACCUACACACCAUGUUGUGACAUUGUCUCUUCCUAUGAAUACCCUCUUGUAUUAUAAUAUAAUGCAAGUGUGUAUAUAUAACACUUUAUACACUGAGUAUACCAAAAAUUAGGAACACCUUUCUAAUAUUGAGUUGCACCCACACCCUUUUGCCCUCAGAACAACCUCAAUUCGUCAGGGCAUGGACUCUACAAGGUGUCGAAAGUGUUCCACAGGGAUGCUGGCCCAUGUUGAUUCCAAUGCUCCCCACAGUUGUGUCAAAUUGGCUGGAUGGCCUUUGGGUGGUGGACCAUUCUUGAUACACACUGGAAAAUGUUGAGUGUGAAAAACCCAGCAACGUUGCAGUUCUUGACACAAACCAGUGCACCUGGCACCUACUACCAUACCCCAUUCAAAGGCUCUUACAUCUUUUGUCUUGCCCAUUCACCCUCUGAAUGGCACACAUAUACAGUACCAGUCAAAAGUUUGGACACACCUACUCAUUCAAGGGUUUUUCUUUAUUUUUACUAUUUUCUACAUUGAAGAAUAAUAGUGAAGACAUCAAAACUAUGAAAUAACACAUAUGGAAUCAUGUAGUAACCAAAAAAGUGUUAAACAAAUCAAAAUAUAUUUUAUAUGUGAGAUUCUUCAAAGUAGCUACCCUUUGCCUUGAUGACAGCUUUGCAAACUCUUGGCAUUCUCUCAACCAGCUUAAUGAGGAAUGCUUUUCCAACAGUCUUGAAGGAGUUCCCACAUAUACUGAGCACUUUUUGGCUGCUUUUCCUUCACUCUGCGGUCCAACUCAUCCCAAACCAUCUCAAUUGGGUUGAGGUCGGGUGAUUGUGGAGGCCAGGUCAUCUGAUGCAGCACUCCAUCACUCUCCUUCUUUGUCAAAUAGCCCUUACACAGCCUGGAGGUGUGUUUGGGUCAUUGUCCUGUUGAAAAACAAAUGAUAGUCCCACUAAACCCAAACCAGAUGGGAUGGCGUAUCGCUGCAGAAUGCUGUGGUAGCCAUGCUGGUUAAGUGUGCCUUGAAUUCUAAAUAAAUCACUGACCGUGUCACCAGCAAAGCACCAUCACACCUCCUCCUCCAUGCUUCAUGGUGGGAACUACACAUGCAGAGAUCAUCCGUUCACCUACUCUGCGUCUCACAAAGACACGGCAGUUGGAACCAAAAAUCUCAAAUUUGUACUCAUCAGACCAAAGGACAGAUUUUCACUGGUCUAAUGUCCAUUGCUUGUGUUUCUUGGCCCAAGCAAAUCUCUUCUUCUUAUUGGUGUCUUUUAGUAGUGGUUUCUUUGCAGCAAUUUGACCAUGAAGGCCUGAUUCACGCAGUCUCCUCUGAACAGUUGAUGUUGAGAUGAGUCUGUUACUUGAACUCUGAAGCAUUUGUUUGGGCUGCAAUCUGAGGUGUAGUUAACGCUAAUGAACUUAUCCUCUGCAGCAGAGGUAACUCUGGGUCUUCCUUUCCUGUGGCAGUCCUCAUGAGAGCCAGUUUCAUCAUAGCGAAUGAUGGACUGUCGUUUCUCUUUGCUUAUUUGAGCUGUUCCUGCCAUAAUAUGGACUUGGUCUUUUACCAAAUAGGGCUAACUUCUGUAUACCACCCCUACCUGAUUGGCUAAACGCAUUAAGAAGGAAAGAAAUUCCACAAAUUAACUUAACAAGGCACACCUGUUAAUUGAAAUGCAUUCCAGGUGACUACCUCAUGAAGCUAGUUGAGAGAAUGCCAAGAGUGUGCAAAGCUGUCAUCAAUGCAAAGGGUUGCUACUUUGAAGAAUCUCAAAUAUAAAAUAUAUUUUGAUUUGUUUAACACUUUUUUGGUUACUACAUGAUUCCAUAUGUGUUAUUUCAUAGUUUUGAUGUCUUCACUAUUAUUCUACAAUGUAGAAAAUAGUAAAAAAUAAAGAAAAACCCUUGAAUGAGUAGGUGUGUCCAAACCUUUGACUGGUACUGUACAAUCCAUGUCUCAAUUGUCUCAUGGCUUAAAAAUCCUUCUUUAAACUGUCUCCUCCCCUUCAUCUACACUGAUUUGAAGUGGAUUUAACCAGUGACAUCAAUAAGGGAUUGUAGCUUUCACCUGGUCAGUCUAUGUCAUGGAAUGAGCAGGUGUCCUUAAUGUUUUGUAUACUCUGUGUAUACCGUUAUACAUAACAUGUUUAUAACACAUUUAUAAAACAGAAUUAAACUGUAAUUUGACUAAAGAUAACAUAUGUCUACAGACACACAGUAGUAACCAGUGAACUGUUCUGUGUGUUCCAUGUUAGACUCGCUACUGUCAGUGCUUGGGGACCUCCAGACUCUGAGUGCUGCAGUGGUCCACAGCUCAGAAGACGAUGCAGAGUAGGGGGGACAGGGUGGGGCAUUCCAGAGCCACAGGGGACAAUUCACUAAAGUGACGGUCCGCAAACAGUACUAGGAACUUUGUUGCUGCAUUUUAAUUUACUUUUUCUCUUUUGAGAUUUGAACUUUUCAAGUCUCAAAUCUUAGUUUUUUUAUUCACUUCAUGACUAAUUGACAUUUCAUUACAUACAUGUAACUCCAUUUUGAUGGUAUUAUGUGGGUGGAUGAUUUAGUGCUUUCUUAAUGUCUAUAACAUUGCACUGCAACAUUACAACAUUGUCGACACAACAGCAAUGUUCCCACUUUGAAAUUGAACCUUGCAUGACUUGAGGUCUUGAUUGGCCAAGAUGAAAUGCAUUAGAUUGUUUAAGAUUGCAUGGAUCUGCUUAAUGUUAAUUGACUCAGAAAAGGAAAGGAAUGUCCUCUAGCUUAUACUUGAGAGUUACUAUUUCUCAGCUUUGGCUGACAGGCUCCGGCCGGAGGAGAAGCUGACUGACUGUGAUGAGUUCAUAUAAGGUAGGCGGGCGUGUGGCCUGUGAUCCCAGUCUAAUCAAUAAGUCAAUGUGCUUUCUCCCGGGGCCUCACAGCAUGACAGGAAAAUCACAUGAAUGGAUAGCUUCGUUCAAAACGGGCUUGUGACCCUGAGUGCUCUGAACUGUAGCACUGGAGACAUGAGGUUGACCUCUGCUGAUUGUUCUGUAGUCUUGCUAAUGGUUUUGUUUAUGAAGACAUGGAUCAGCAUCUUCUUUGACAGUUUUUUUUUUUUUUGUUGAUUCAAUAAAUUAUAUUGAUAUUUAAAACGUUCAUAGUGUCUGGGAUGUGCAGUUUUGAAAGAACUUAAAAAGAAAAUAAAUGUGGGCCGUCUGUCCUCCAUUAAGGAAUGGAGAAAUUGUGACAGUAUGUGAAAACUAAUUCCAGAGAAUCAGGAGCAGAUUGUGAGAUGAUCAGAUGGCUCUUACUUAGUGACCUGGUGAAUCACAGUCCAUCAGAAGCUGUCAUCGCCUGGUUUUGACUAUAAGUGAAAGUCAGGCCUAACUGGGAGAGAUGUUCAAUUUAGUCACUAUAUUUAGUGUUAUGAAAGUGCAUCCCCUUUUACGUUUUAAUUAUAUACAUUUCCACUAGCUGGAUAAAGGAGUGACCAAUUGGCUCUCCAGAAAAAUAACCUGGACUGCAGCAGAGAACAAUACACAGGUAGGUGUGUGUGUGUGUGUGUGUGUAUAUAAGCAUUUAUGAUUAGCUACACUAAUGAGAAAUUAAAAUAAUUUCAAUGAAUUUAAGUGUAGCCCUGGUUCCUGUUUGUGUCCCUUGCCAUCAGCUUCUCUUUUUCCUUUUACAGAACACCAUUACAGUUUCAUGCAAUUUAUGCAGCACUAAUUGGGACUGGGGCUGUCCAUGCCAACAACAAACUCAAUCAAGCAUAUCCAUCUGAGGCACAAUACAAACCCUGGUGUUGAGGUGCUAAGAUAACCAAGCUAUCUGUACAGUCUUGACUAGCUGUAAGUGGGAGAUGUGCUAGAUGCAAGGUAUCUCUGGCUAGUGUAACGGCAGACUGAGAUCGUGAAUGUGCUGGCUGUGCAAGUGAGAGUGCAUGAUGCAGGGUGAUUUGUUUCCCAGAAGGCUGUGCAGCAGCAACAGGACUGUCUGAUGAAUGUCUGCUUUAUCUGUACCCAGCAGUGUCCUCAUCACAGUGUCCUCAUCAGACCCCAGCAGCUCUAAUGCAUUGUUUGGUUUGGUGCAGAGAGGACCCCUGACGUUACUUUUAUCCUAUGCAGUUAGGGGUGCCAUUUUCCAUUCCAGUGUCCUCUCUCUCUGUCAGGUUAAUGUUAUCACAGUGUAGUUUAACUACGGCUCACUGACACUAAUUACUUUGAUUAAUGUAUUGGUGAUGUCGUAUUCAUACACCAAUUGACAUGAAUAUUCUAUUUUCUCUACAUGUUAGCACUGUAAUGAUGAAAACAUUUAUGUCAUGUUCAAUGUGGGAUCGUCUUAUUAGGCCUAUAUCUCUGGAGGACUACCCAAUCCAUCUAAUUUAGUGGAUGCCCAUAAAUAUCUUUGGAUGGAGGCAAAUACUAACAUUAAACUAUGUAUGUACAGGUCUAUAGUAUAGUUUAAUCACAAAUGUAAUUGAUAAACACAAGUACUCUAGAUUCAACUAUUUUCUAUUUCACAUGCACAUUACCACCUGCAGCAACACUUUCAAACAGUAGAGGGCAUUGCUCUCCAAUAAAGAUUACAGACUGCAGAUGAUGUCAUGUGAAUCUUUCAGUAGGCUUAGUUUGGUUCAUUGCAUAAUGUCUUGAUUUGUUAUUACACUAUAGAAGCACUGACACAAAUUCACGCUAACAAACCAAGACACAGAAACCCCCUAUUAUUAUUGGC